AUGCUGACGGGUCUAUUGAGCGGCACAAGGCCCGGUUAUUUGCGAAGGGCUUUAAUCAGAUUGUGGGCAAGGCUGGACGUUCAUAGCGCCUUCCUUAAUGGGCGUUUGGCUGAGACGGUGUAUAUGCGACAGCCUCCAGGUUACGAGGACAAGUCAGUGCCUGAUCAUCUUUAUUUUUUGGUUUAUGUAGAUGACAUUCUUGUCAUGGGCUCGGACUCACACCGUGUUACUGGGUUGGUCGAUCGGCUUGCUCAAGAGUUUAAGAUUCGGGACAUGGGGCCUCCGUCUUUCUUUCUGGGCAUUGAGACUGUUCCUCUUUCUGAUGGUAUUCUUCUGUCUCAGCGACGCUAUGUUCAGGAUAUUCUCAAGCGUGCAGGGAUGGUCGACUAUCAGCCGGUUUCCACUCCGGUCUCGGUUGCUCGCUCUGAGGACAGUGAUGCUGCUCCUUUUGCUGAUCCUACACACUACCGCGGGCUCGCAGGUGCUCUGCAGUACUUAACGGUGACUCGUCCUGAUUUGUCUUUUGCGGUGAACAGACUUUGCCAGCGCAUGCAGGCUCCUACUACUGCUAAUUGGUCUAUGAUGAAGCAUGUGUUGCGGUAUGUGAAAGGCACUCUUGGUAUGGGGCUGUGUGUUCGAAAGUCUUUGUCUACCUCGCUACAUGCGUUCUCUGAUUCGGAUUGGGCUGGUAGUCCGGAUGAUAGGAAGUCCACCAGUGGUUUUGCCGUGUAUUUGGGAUCUAAUAUGAUUUCGUGGUCGUGUCGGAAGCAGCGCACGGUGGCGCGUUCCUCUACUGAGGCUGAGUACAAGACUUUAGUUGAUGUGGCGGCUGAGGUGACAUGGCUGGUUUCUUUGCUUCGGGAGAUUGGUUUUUCUUCGGCUUCUGCGCCUAGUCUGUGGUGUGACAACUUGAGUGCUACGUAUCUAUGUGCCAAUCCAGUUUUUCAUGCCUAG